AUGAUAGAUGAAAUCUUGGUUCACAUAUCAACUCCCGCCACGAGACAGAAUGAUGAUCUCUACCGCUCUCUGGCCGACACUUACCUCAAUUUUGAGCCUCACAAACAACGUGUAGAUGUUGCAGAUAAAGCACUUGCUGGAUCAUACAUCCCAUCAGCAUUUCUCUCAAAGAGUAACAUAGAGCUUGCAGGGAGCUCACUCUUGUCAACCAGCAGAGAAUCCUAUGGCAGCUUUCCGUCUCAUGUUUCUUCUGGAUAUCAUGCAGAGAGACCCAAAAAUGUCGAGAUCCAGUCUGCCGAGGUCGAAUCCAUCCCACCAAGUAGUCGACUAGCUCGUCUUGAUCGAAUACACAGGUUGUGGAAGGAGAAGACAACGCCUCGAUCGAGUUUUGUCAAUAGAGAGGGACUUUCCAGCCGAACUAGUCGUAUUUCUCAAGCCUCUGGUACUGGUUUUAUAGAAGAUACCCAACUCGGGGCUGAGGCGUUGCAGAGCCAACUCCCAGACAGCUACUCCACGACCGAUGAGGAUACCUCUGAGGAUGAAGCAGAGCCGAAGAUUCUACCCCAACUGGUAUCCUCAGCUAUCGCCAGUGAUAGCAGAAUGACCACCGCAAAUUCCAUGAUCGAGGUGGCCGAAGCCGUCCGACCAACGUCCAAGCCAGCCUUGAGCAGUAUCAGUGCCAAUGAACGAACAAAACCACAGCUAUCGAACAUUUCAAAGUCUUCAUCCUCAUCAAAUCUACAACCGAGCAAAAAGCGCAAGCUUAGCGAGCCACCAUCAGAAACUUUCGAUUUCAGUGAACUGCCCACAGAUGCCUUCCCACCAGCCCCCAGCAUCUCCACCGAACGUCCGGCCAGACUACCCUCACAGGUCACCAAGCAUCUCGCCGCUCUCAAAACUCAAAACCCAAAGCGCUUCAAGCUUACCAAACGGCGUGGAAGUACGCCGAGACACGACGAUCGUGGACACUGGUCUGUCGACACCUCGACCUGGCCAGUCAGCAUCCAGAAAGAGUUUUGGGAUUCGCUGUAUGAUUACGUCUGCAAGGGGAGACUUGGAUGGGGCGUCACUUUGUAUCGCGACGCGGCGGCUUCGAGCGCUUUGGGCCAUGUGCGCUUGUAUUGCUGGGCGGAGAUUGUGGAGCACACGUGGUUGAUGAUGUGGAUCUGUUCGAAGGGGGAGAUUGUCAAGUCUGGGUCGAAUUGGAUAGAUGCUGAUGGGAAUGUCAUGUUUGAAGUUGCCGAAAAGUAG